AGGGAGUAGUACUUCGACUUCAGGAAGCCAAGUAGACAAAUUGGAUCUAACUCAUCGACAUCUAGUAUCCGUCUCCUUGAACGGCCGAAGUGUCCAGGACUUCAGGAAGCUAAGUUGCCGACUCUCUUCCCGGCGUCUCCCGCCGGCCAGCUCCAGGACGCAGCACGGCAGCACGUCUCAUCAGUUGUCUCCUUCUCGCCUCACGCCCGUCACCCGGUCGCCUCACGCCCGUCACCCGGUCGCCUGCACGCCAUUUACCGGCCCUUCGGCGGUUCCGCCAAUCCGCCCUUCUCGAUCAAUAGUCACCUUCCGUAGUCCCGAUCUGCCAAACGAUGGAGUUGCUUAAGAUAUGCAAAAUAAGCUACUUUCAAUGAGUAGAAGAAAGCCCCAAACCUCCAGUGGUGAGAAAAAAUUGCAAUGGUUCGUAAGCGAUUUCAAGAUGCUAAAACAGUUAUGCAACGUAGCUGAUCCAUGUGAUGGUUUUUUAGGGUUUGCGAUGCUGAAAUCAUUCCGCACUGAGAAACUACUGGAUAAAAUAGGGCUAGGAAAGGAGGAUUAUUACUUCUGGCAGCAAUUGAGUAAGGCUUUGCUCUGCACUUAUACAAUAGCUGGCUUGGCAUGGCUAUAUAAUGAGACGUCACCGCUUGGGUGGUGGACGCUGAAACCAAAGCCCAAGGAGGAAAGGGAGUUGGCCCACCUCUAUGAGCGGCGGAGGUUUCCAUAUCCUGGUGAUGAAGAAGCCAUGGAGGAGUUUAUUGCCAAUGGUGGGAUGAUCGGUACAACCAUUGGGCCCAAGGGGCUUAUGGAAUCAGAUAAAGAUUCUUAUAACUAUCAGAAAGCUUUGCAGGACAAAAAGAUGGAGCAGGAAGCCCUCAAACUCUGGGUGAGGAUGAGGAAUGAAGUCAUCUCUGAACUCCAGGAGAAAGGAUUUGAUGUCGAAUGAUAGAGGUGCUUCCCAUUCUUACAUAGCUAUACUUAUUACAAGCAAAAAUAUUGAUAUUUCUAUUAAAUCUUUUGCGGUCGAGUUUGUCUCUUUGUGGUUGAGAUGCACUAUUGCUAUGUUUUUGGAUCAACAAACUGAAACUUUUUGUAUUAUUAUUACUCCAUAUUAUAAAGAAAUAAAUGACAAUACCAUGAUUUGUGUA